AUGUCGGACGAUAAGAAGGAUUCAAAAGAAUCGGAACACAUAAAUUUGAAAGUAUUGGGUCAGGAUAAUGGCGUUGUUCAAUUUAAAAUUAAAAAACAUACACCUUUAAGAAAAUUGAUGAAUGCAUAUUGUGAUCGCGCGGGAUUAGCAAUUGCUGCCGUAAGAUUUAGAUUUGAUGGACAACCAAUUCAUGAACUUGAUACACCUUCAACAUUAGAAAUGGAAGAAGGCGAUACAAUAGAAGUAUAUCAACAACAAACUGGGGGAUUUUGAUCUAAUUUUUCAUUGCUUUUUUUAAGUUUAAAAUAUAAAAUGUUCAAACAAAAACAUCGAAUAAUUACAGAAAAACUUUUCAUUUCCCCAUUAGUAUAUAAGUAAAGAUUAAUAAUUC